UUGUGUCAUACCUGAGUGAAAGCUACGAGACUCGAGGAAGGAACGAAUCAGCUGUUGAGAGGUGACUGAAACUUAGAUACCGGCAGUGACAGUAUUGCUAAUGUGGAGAUCGCUCGUAUGCAGGUUGUUGUAGUACGUGGACGCGUGUUGUGUUUGUGUUGACCACGCACCAAGCCAUCGAACUGUAAAGGAAAGAAAAGGUGCAGCAUGGUGACGAAAGGGACUCUGGGGACAGUGAUGACUUUGGUGAUGAUGGUGAGGCACGUGCAGGCCGGAUUUUCCUGUGUGAGCAAUCCCUGCCACAAUGGCAUCUGUAUAGAUCAUCUCAAUAGCUCCUUCUCGUGUUUUUGCAUCGACGGCUACACAGGGAUGCAGUGCCAAACCAACUGGGACGAAUGCUGGUCCGCUCCUUGCAUGAAUGGAGCCACCUGUGUUGACCUCGUGGCUGACCUGUCUUGCCUCUGCGCCCCAGGGUACACAGGAGAAUACUGCGAGAGCGAGAUAAACGAGUGUCUAAGCAACCCCUGUCAAAACAACGGUACUUGCGAAGACCUGCUGGAUCAUUACUUAUGUGUGUGUCCUCUUGGGUACUCAGGAGAUAACUGCGAAAUAGACAUAAGCGUGUGCAACAACACAGGGCUAUACUUCGAGGAGGCUCCCAAGUGUCAGAACGGAGGGAAAUGUAUUGAUGGACCCGGCCUCUCCUAUCACUGCCUCUGCCCGCCAGGAUGGCAAGGAAGGUGGUGCGCCAAAGAUGUCGACGAGUGUCUGACGACCCCGUGUUACAACGCAGGCGUUUGUAUCAACACGCCAGGCAGCUUUGCUUGCGCUUGUCAGUUCGGCUACACAGGGGAUCUGUGUGAGGAGGCUGUAGUAUUCUGUGAAGAUAGUCCCUGCGAGAAUGGAGCCCUCUGUGUCAUGGAAAAUAAUAAUGCUACUUGCUACUGUGUGCCUGAUUACCACGGAUCUAAGUGCCAUCUUCAGUACAAUGACUGCCUUCCUUAUGCCCCCAGGUGCUUGAACGGAGGCACUUGCAUAGAUGGUGUGGACAGUUUCCGCUGCAGUUGCCCUAGUUCUGCUUCAGGGGAACUCUGCCAGUGCAUUACAACAUCAGAUGGUCUAGACUGCGACCCUCUUCCGUCAUGGUAUGAUGGAAAACCCUUUGAGCCAAUUGAUGAUACUAAGGAUCUCUUUCCACACUGGUUCAAUGUUAGCAAGCCAAAGAAUGGUACUGAUGGAACAUGGGAAGUUGACCUUAGCAUCAUCCCCACAGCCACUAUGGAUUUCAUACCUUACGCAACAAGUGCCUCGAGUUUAUUUGAUUUUUUCUAUGCAAGUGAUGAGGUGACUCCUAGCUAUGAUUUUAGGACGAGUAUUUUUCUAUCGACAGUAAGGGAACCGAAAGAUUUCCCGUCGUUGUCUUCUGUUCUUAGUGCCAAAGAGUUGCCUUCUGUCUCGCCAACAUUCACUGCCAGUGUGCCUUAUGCUUCAGAUGAUUAUUAUUCUGCUUCCAUUCUCCCCUACCCCAGCUUUUACCAACCUACCGUGGUAUGGAGUGAAUCUAUCGUGACUACUCCCCUUUUUCCCUCCGAGAGUUUCUUUCUGUCAACAGUUAUGUGGAGUGAGUCUUAUAAAGUGGAAACAACGCCAGUGCUUCCGGACUUAGCUUCCUCAACAGCUUUUGAAGUUGAAUUUCCAUCUGUGUUUUCAGAAUAUUUUAUGACAUCAACAUCACUGCCAGACAUAGAAGCAACUAAGGUGCUUGAAGAACCUUACUCAACACCUUCACCUGAGAUUCUUUCAAUGUCUCUUGUGUCAGAUUUCGACGUGAGUACGCCUACUUUUACUCUUCCAGUAGUUCCCCUUGAGCCUACGCCUGUGUUGAGUGUUGUUAGUAGCUCGCUAGAUAUUGUCCCGUCUGUCUUCGUAGAUGUAACUGCUUACCCUACAAUCAGUCUCUAUGACAACAUAACCUAUAGACCUGAGGAGGAAACUCUUGAAACUGAGGAACCUGUAGCCACUACUCCCCUAAUGCCAACAUAUGAUAAUGAGACAAUCAGUGUAGAAGAUACCAUUAGUGUAACUACUGAAGGUGUUAAAACAACAUUAGUGCCUGAAAAUGAGACAGAAAUAUAUGUAUACAUUGACAAUGCAACAGAAGUGAUUUCGACAAAAGAUAAUAGAACUAUAGCUUCUGAGUACCCUGGUGUGUCUACUACAGCUUACAUUCCAAUAGAUAGCGCAAACUUUACUGGUACAGAAGAACCUAUGACGACAGAGGUUUCAGUGCUUGAUGUGAAUGUCACAGAUAAGAAAUUAGACGAAGUUAGUACAACUAGUAUUUCAGUUGAUUUUGUUGAUUUGUCAACAGCUUUGCCUUUGCCAACGCCUGAUGAUGGUUAUAUUCUCAAUGUUACGACUACAGAUAGCAUUACUGUUUUUUCUAACGUUACAUUUGAGGAAGGGCUCGUGACUCCUCUUAAUGAGACAGGGAUAGACACAAAAACAGAAAUAACUCUGUCGCCAAUUACAGAAUCAUAUAACUUCACGGUAACAGAUGAGGAAGCAUAUGGUGUAGAUAAUGUCACUUCUAUCCCACUUGAUGGUUAUAAUGAAACAGUCACGGUACCACCAGAUUUGGUAACACCUUACACUGAAACAGUCACGGUACCACCUGAUUUAUUAAUAUAUAACAAAACAUUUACUUCAACCCCAGAAUCUGUGACACCAUACAACGCAACAAUUACAGUACAACCAGACUUAGGAUACACUCUCGAUAUGAAUCAGACUUUAGAUUCAACACAGGUUACUGAUAAUACAACAUUAGUGUAUACUGAUUCAUUUACUUCCGUUUUUGGUAAUAUGUCAACUGUAACUACUGAACGAGCAUAUUCACCAGAGAUUUCAACAAGGGAAACAGUGUUGCCAAAUAUCUCGAGUUCAGUAGAUACUACACAAGAGUCAUCCUCCACAAGUCCUGUGCCAGUUUACAAUGUAUCUGCAACUGACGCAACUCCUUUUAAUGCUACAGAUAUGGUCACCACUGACAGAGAUUACUUUACAGGAGACAUCUUUGAUUAUAAUAUAACUUCUGCAACAGAAGUCAGUGAUUUAGGAACGGUUGCGACAAACUUCACUACAUUAAUCAGUACAUUAUUCACUACAGACAUUCCAGUGCAAAAUGACUCAUUUACAACGGAACAUGUAACAAUAGGUGUUUCUCUUGAGGCAGAUGAUAAGACAUCUAAUGACUCAGUCACUACAGAUCUGGCUGGUGCUAAUGACACAGUUUCUUUUACAACAUCUAUUUCAAGUACAACGACAGAUACCAUAGGAUAUACUGAAUAUCCUUUACUCAAUGAUACCAUAGCAACACAAGUUUUCCCAGAAAAAGAGACCCCAGAUUCUUUGACAGUGACACAGCCUACAGCCAUAACAGUCAGUCAGCCAGCAACAGAAUUAACCAAGGACAUUGAGUCCAAUUUAACAAGUGAAUCUCCACAACCCACGGUCAUAGAGACAAUGAAUAUCACAGAAGUAACAUCAUCAACAAAGUAUGUGGAUGUUGAUCAAGUUGACUUUAGCACUGUUACGUCCAUUCUAAAUGUGACAGUCACAGAUGAGAAAUCUUUGCAUGACACAAGUACUGUUGACACAACAGACUUAACGUCAUCUACUGCCACAGCAGUUUCCAUUAUACCCCCAGAAGUGCCUCUAGUUCCAUCUGAUACAACGGUAUCACCAGAAAACAGAACUUCCUUUGUGGAGGGCACUGAAACCGAUAUGUCGGGUAGUCCUACUUCUGUUUCCCUCACCACCUUGUUUCCUGAUACAACUUUGCAGAGACCAGAGACUGAGAAACCAGAUGGAGAUCUGUUUCCUACAAUUGCUACAGAAAUUGAAGAGCCGGACCAGACGGGGAGCCCCAGCAAGAAAGAUCCAGUGUUCGAUACAACACCUCUGUCUCCAGGGGCAACUAGACCUACCGGAAGAGAUAAUGCAACUGGCAUCUCUCCUCCCACUCCUGAAGGAACUGCUGAAACUCCCAGCGGUGACUCUGCAGUGUGUGGGUCUUCGUACUGCCUCAACGGUGGAACUUGUGUUGUCAUUGAUGGCCAUUCAAUAUGUCAGUGUGCCUUCAACUACAAAGGCGCCUACUGCGAGUUGUACUUCUACAUCCACAAGCCUUACUUCGUCGGAGCCUCCUACUUAGGUGUGGACGUCGGUAGAAUGUCCUUGAGGGAAGGUGUUCAGGUUUAUGUCCAGUUCACAUCUCAAAGUGCCAACGGACUGGUUGCUUACAGCGAAGGUCCCGGAGACGUCUUCUUCAUGCUUCUUCUGAGGAACUCCCUUCUGCAGUUCGUCUUUUCCUGCGGACUCCAGACAGUGUCGUUCCUCCAGGGAAACGAGAAGCUCUCGAGGAACUUUCGCACCGAUGUCUCCGUCAGGAUGUGGUGGACGCCUUACAUUGCAGACGUGCCGUGGGGUUCAGGCAAGUGCAGCGCCUCUCUUCAGGUCAACGACACCGCUCCAAUAUACAGCGAGCAGAGAUCAUCCUCGUCAACGGUGCUCUUAGGAAUACUGUACCUGGGAGGGCUGCCCUCCUUCUAUUCCUCUCCUCUUGUUGUCAAGGCAGGGUUUCUACCAAGACUACAUGGUUGCAUUUCCAUUCUAGAGGUUAAUGGCGUUGAGGUAGACACUUGGGUCUCAGCAGUGUCCGGCGAAGGGGUUCAGGAGUGUGGUUCUGCCCUGUGUCCUCCAGGAUCUUGCAGGAACGGAGGUUCCUGCAUACCUGGUCCUGCCUUCUGGAGUUGCAGUUGUCCUCCAGGAUAUCACGGAGAACUGUGUGAGAGAGGAGAGUGUAUGGAGGGUCAAGGAUGCAACUCUGGCCGGUGUGUACCCAGCGAGUCUUCUGUCUCCCUUUGUCUGUGCCCACAACAUCGUCACGGGUUGUAUUGUGAACUUGAGCGCGUGGUGGAAAGGCCCUCGUACUCCGGCACAGUGCAAGGCUACAGCUCGUACUCGGUCUACAGGCUUGAGUACGAUACAACGCACAGCCUCGCCCUCAAGUUGCACUUCACGACUCGGGCCCUGCAACAGAUAGGCCUCCUCGCCUAUCUGGGGAAUCCAGUCCGAAGUGCCUGCCAGGACUUCCUGGCUCUGAGCCUCGUUCGCGGGCAUCUCAUGUUGACCUGGGAUCUCGGAGCAGGACCACGCCGUAUAAUGACGCCAUUGCCUCUAGAUUCCACCUUGCAUACGCACUCUGCCCUCAUUGGACGCCGUGGAAAGAGGGCGUGGCUGUCAGUAGACUCCCAACCAAAUAUGACUUCUCUCUCCCCUGGAUAUUUAUCCUCACUCAACACCAACAACUUGCUAUACAUUGGAGGCCAUGCAUCAUGGAAUAUGAGCCAUCUCCCAGCGGACAUGUGGCGUCAUGAAGGUUUCAGAGGCUGCGUCUUCGACUUGCGCGUAGCCCAAAGUCCAGAAGGUCCUUGGACAGCCCUUAGACUGGCCCAGGCAACGAAUGUCAAGGAGUGCGGCACCGACGAGUGCAAACAGCAUUCUUGUAAGAAUGGAGGAAGAUGCGUGGGAUUAGGCGCCACCUUAAGGUGUGACUGCGCCAUUGGCUGGAAAGGACCCCAAUGUGAAACUCCCAGCCAUGUUUGCGACGAUGGAAAAGGUGGGUCCUGUAGCCCAGGCGCCUCCUGUUUGGGCGGAGGGUCACGCCCUUCUUGCUUGUGUCAGCUAGGAAAGAGUGGGCCCUUGUGUGAGAAAGAGGUGAACAUCACCGACCCAAUGUUCUCGGGGAGGAAAUCCUUCCUGAGUUUGCAAGCCGGAAAUCUCAGGAACGAAGCCCGAGUCCGAAUAUCCUUCAAGCCGACCCACAAGGAUGGUAUUCUGUUCCUUGCACUUCCGAGGGCCCAACCAGGAGACUUUCUGGCCUUAAUUCUUGUCAACGGAUCCCUCCAACUCUCUUAUCACUUAGGAUGGAGAGCUCCGGGCUUGAUUGUGAUUCAGUCGCAGGACAAAGUAACGCUCAAUGAAUGGCAGUCGGCGACCUUUACCAGAAGGGGAAGUGAUGCAGUAAUCAAUUUCAAAGGGCGCGCCACGACAGCUCCUCCUGCACACCCACGAAACACGCUGCUCAAUGUCCACCCGGAGGUUUUCAUUGGGGGCGCUCCUGACCUGUCCUUGGUGCCUUCGGCAGUCGGUCCAGUUGCCAGUCGAAUUCCUUUUCGGGGCUGCGUGAGGGAGGUCAUGAUCAACGACCACGACUACGACCUGUCUGCACCCCUUGGGGGAGACAUUGUAAGAGGAGCUGGACUUACUGACUGCGACGGGACGGCCUGUGGCAGACACGUAUGUCUACACGGCGGCACCUGCACUCCUGUCGGGGACACCUUCGUCUGUAGCUGCACGCCGGAUUACACAGGCGCCCGAUGUCAGCUGUCGAAGGCCUGUUUGGACCACUCGUGCACCAACGGGUCAACCUGCAUCCCCUGGGAUUCCCUCGGAGCGAAGAAGAGGAAGAAGAAGAAGAGGCAGCUCCAUGACCCCACAGAUGACCUUCCAUAUCAGUGUCUUUGUCCGCCGGGUCUAGUUGGUGAACGGUGCCAAGCUGAAAAGGAAGUCUCUUCAGUUCGCUUCAGCGGGGAGAGUUUCGCGGUCGUUUUUCCCGGUCCGUUUGGUAACCCGGUCCCGAACAGCGACUCUCUGGCCGCCAAUUUCAGCACGAAGUCCCUUUACGGCUUAAUCCUCUGGAGGGGAGAGGUCGACUCUCCCGGAGAAGAUUACCUGGGAGUAGGUUUGGUCGGAGGUCAAAUAAAAGUGGUCUGGUACCUCGGCGGAGGAUCUGCAGGGCAGCUCACCACAAAUGGUCCUGUCGUGUCGGACGGAUCUUGGCACAGUCUAGUGGUAACGCGGACGGACGCUACUGUCACCGUUUUCCUUGAUGGUCGUGCCAUCAAAGGAAGGAUUCCUGGCUCCUUCAUCCAGCUGAAUGAUCCCAAAGGGGUCAUUUUCGUAGGAGGAUUUUAUCCCGGGAUGUCGGUCACUUCGGGGACGGAAGGACACUUCCACGGGUCCUUCGUCGGCUGUAUAAGGGAUUUGGUAGUACACCAGAGUUCGUCCCCCGUCAGGUUUUCGGCUUUAAAGCAGGGGCGAGAUUUACAACCCUGUUCUUUGCCGUAAAAAUCUGAUUAGAAAAAAAAAUGUGUACAAACACCCUCAAGGUCUUCAUGAGUUUACAGAAUAAUUCAUCUACUUGUCUUCACAUUUCUGUAAGUCAGCUGGUUUGGCAAUGUACAAAAAGGAGGAAACUAGGAAUUUGCUAAUAGGCAAGGAAGAUUUAGGCCUAGUUCAUCCGUUAUUUCUCGAGCAUUUGAUCUUUGAAGGCCAAAAUUUGAUUUCAUAGGUUUUUUUUAUCGUAUGGAAGAGAGAGGCGCAGGUGUUAUGCCCAGUUUCCUCUUUAUGUAAUGAUGCUGACCCAUUGUUGGUCACAACGUUGUUAUUUUACUAUGAAUCAUCCAGAAAUUAGUUACAGGAAGCUACAGAUCUGCCUAAUAUAUCUUCCGAAGAUGAAGUACUAACCACUAUAUUUAUAAGAUGAACAUAAAGUCCCAUGAUAUAACAAGUAACAGAACCGUCCUGAAGCACGUUAGCCUUUUGUGUACUUUUAGAGUAAUUGAAAAUAAGAUACAAAAUUGCGCUUGUUUUGUGUGUGUUAUUGCUUUUUUGUUUGUUUUUGUUAAUUAAUCUACGAAUCUCUGAGACACAGCAACCAUACUUGUUUACUGUAGGGAUUGUUUUGUUUUUAGAAAUAGUGAUGAAAACUUACAUAAGUAAAAAUUCUGUUAGAUAACUCUCGAUGACGGCAUUGAUCGAUGAUCAUGGCAGAAAAGUGACAAUUAUAAUUUUUAGAAUAUUUUGGAGAUGACAGAGGGAGGUUGAACGAUAUCGGUUCUUAAGACUUGAUUACAUUCAGCCAAACUUUGUGGAAAUGCGUCUUAAAUUAGUAUAAUUUGCCAUGAUAAUCGUAUCUAUCAAAUGAAUGGACACAACCAAAGAAAAGUUUUACUUCCAUGUUGUUGGUUUGUUUUUGUUUUCUCGUCGAUUAUUUAUUGAUAUAUUCUUAGGGUGUUUUUAGCAUAGUUAACUGUGAAUGUGCAUUGUCAUUCCGUCCUAUAUGUCACUGCCAGAGGCUCUGAAACUGUUUCCGCGUCUCCUAUAUCUGAGAUUAUACUUGGAGAUUUUUGUGAGAAGGACAAUCUUCAUCGUUGAAUUGAAUUGUUGCAGUCGUGGUGUAAAUAGCAUUAACUGUUAGAUAAUAUAUGAAUAUAUUUUUUAAAAUUUCAGAGUUUUAUCGUGCAAGUGAAAGUAAAAAUAUAGCUUUAAGAUGUUACAUUCAUGCAAAAUGGUUUGUAGCCAUAACGAACCAGGAUGUUGUUAUAAGCGGUUAAACGUUCAGAGUUAGUUUACCUUAUGUUCUAGAAAUAAAUUAUUGUGCUACAUCUAAGGAUUUAAUUUUAACGUGCUUUUUCUUUUUCGAUAUUGCGAUAUUCAUUUUUAGAUAAGUUCAUAAGGUUCUUAAGUUGAUAUAGUUCGAAAAAGAGAUGCAGUUUAAAUCCAAUC